AGUAGAAGAAGAAGAAGAGGAAGACGAACAAGAUGGCGGAACGAGGCUACAGUUUCUCCCUCACCACAUUUAGCCCUUCGGGGAAACUGGUCCAGAUUGAAUAUGCACUGGCAGCUGUAGCAGCCGGAGCUCCCUCAGUUGGCAUCAAAGCUUCCAAUGGCGUUGUCCUGGCAACAGAGAAGAAACAGAAGUCCAUUCUGUAUGAUGAGCAGAGUGUCCAUAAAGUGGAGCCCAUCACUAAGCACAUAGGCAUGGUCUACAGUGGCAUGGGGCCUGACUACAGGGUUCUAGUGCGACGAGCCCGGAAGUUGGCGCAACAGUACUCCCUGGUUUACCAGGAGCCAAUUCCCACAGGCCAGCUUGUCCAGAGAGUUGCCUCUGUAAUGCAGGAGUACACACAGUCUGGUGGUGUGCGUCCAUUUGGUGUAUCAUUGCUGAUAGCUGGAUGGGAUGAAGGUCAGCCCUUCCUGUUCCAGUCAGACCCCUCUGGUGCAUAUUUUGCAUGGAAAGCCACAGCCAUGGGAAAGAACUACGUUAAUGGAAAAACAUUCCUUGAGAAAAGGUAUAACAAUGAUCUGGAACUGGAAGAUGCCAUCCACACAGCCAUCUUGACAUUGAAGGAGAGUUUUGAGGGUCAGAUGACAGAGGAGAACAUUGAGGUGGGGAUCUGCAACGAGGCCGGCUUCAAAAGACUCACCCCAGCAGAGGUGAAAGACUACCUUGCUGCCAUCGCAUGAUCAGGUCCUGCCUGGUGCGGGGGGCUCGCUGGCCACAUUUCAAGACAAAGACAAAGCAGCAGAGUAGCCAACAGUCUCAUGACACAAUCCACGGUUAUUCAUAUUUUCAUACCUUGACUUUAUUCAAGAUUAUUAAUGUGAGAUGAUAGAAUCAGACUUGUCCACAGCUAUUCACCUAAAGAGAUAGCUUUUGUGUGUGUGCAGCUGACCUGGCUACCACUCUAAAGCUCAUUUACCUGACUCAUUGGCUGCGAGAUGGCAGAUGUUGUCUCAUAACUAAUUGGCUUUGUGAAAUGUGACAUGAGACAGUUGGCUGCUGUGCUUACAGAAAGGAAUGUGGGGUCUGAGUGAAGUCUCAUGUCUACCGUUGAAUCCUUCACUUUUCUUCUUUCUCAUUUCUGCUGCUACAUCAAUACCAUCGCUUUACAAAUGUAAUACUGUUGAAUUAAGUAUUUGUGCAAAGUGGAACUGCUUUUCAGCAUUACCAAGUGUGACAAAUUACCUGGCAAAACAAACUGAAAUGCUAACAAUACAAAUGCCUAUUAGAACAAUUACAUCUGUCUGGGGGGCUGAAGUGUCCCUGAUCCUUACCCACCUGAAUUUCAUCUGUCCCUCAACACGCAGUAGGAGAAUAAACAUAAGAGAACAAGAAGGGAGGAUACAAUGGAAUAUUGUGAGAAUUAACAGUCAGGAUCUGGUUGCCUGUACAGCAGUUUUACACAAUGUACUUUUUUUUCAGGCUAGAAACAAUUCUAGAGUUUGUAUUUUCUCUUCUGUAAUCUGUCCCAUUCAAAUAAAACAAAAUUAGUUUA